UUCUUUCUCCAAUAUGCUGCUUUUCUGUGGUUUUAGGAUAACUGCAUCGAGAACUGGUCUUGUUGAAAAAAAGCAGUUUUAUAAACAAAAUGGAGUAAAUCAUGCAGAGAUGAGAAAGAACAACUCCUCGGCUUGGAGCUAAUUAAAUUGGUAGUUGGAAGAACUAGGCAAGAAUGUGAAGCUGUCCUGGAGCUGGAAGAACUUACUACAAGAGUUUAUGAGACUAAUACCAUGUUUCUAAUCCAUUGCCUGUAGAGCAUCCUUAAGCAUGGAGAACUUCGUUCUGUAUGAGGAGAUCGGAAGAGGAAAUAAGACAGUUGUCUAUAAAGGAAGAAGAAAGGGAACAAUUAAUUUUGUUGCCAUUCUUUGCACUGACAAAUGCAAAAGAGCUGAAAUAACAAACUGGGUUCGUCUGACUCAUAAAAUCAGACACAGGAAUAUAGUGAGAUUUCAUGAAUGGUAUGAAACAAGCAACCAUCUCUGGCUGGUAGUGGAAUUAUGCACAGGUGGUUCUCUAGAAUCUGUUAUUGCUCAAGAUGAACAUCUACCUGAAGAUGUAGUGAGAGAAUUUGGUGUUGAUAUGAUUACUGGUUUAUACCAUAUUCAUAAGCUUGGAAUUAUCUUUUGUGAACUGACACCAGGAAAGAUUCUGCUAGAAGGGCCUGGCACUUUGAAAUUCAGUAACUUUUGCUUGGCUAAAAUGGAUGGUGAAAACCUGGAAGAAUAUUUUGCUUCAGUUGCAUCUGAAGAGGUUGAAGGAGAUGCCAGUGAAAGCACACCACAAAGAUACCUGAAAAAUAGAUUUCGAGGCUCUCCUUUAUAUGCAGCUCCAGAAGCAAUAAAGGGAGAAGACUUCUCCAAAGCCAGUGAUCUAUGGUCCUUGGGAUGUAUACUUUAUGAAAUGUUCGCAGGAAGACCACCAUUCUUCUCAAACAGCUUUUCUGAAUUAAUUGAAAAGAUUUUACAUGAAGAUCCAUUGCCACCUACACCAAAGGUUUCUGCUUUUCAGAAGCCUUCUGCUGAGUUCAUUAGUUUACUUGAUGGGUUGCUUCAAAAGGAUCCUCAGAAAAGGCUGAAUUGGACAGACCUAUUGCAGCAUCCAUUCUGGAAAGGAUCCCUUAGCCAUUGUGGUGAUGAUUCUAGAGACGCAUGCUCAAGCAGUGAAGACACAGAGUCAUCAGUGUCUUGUAGUGCCAAAGAGCCAGUGGAUACGGCUGAAAACCCAGAUAAUCUGUCAUCCUCAAGAACAGAUAACGUACCAAGCAAUUCUUUUAAAACAGAAACUCAGCCUGAAUUGCGCCCAAAAAAUGUGGUUGAUGGUGAACCAAAAGAAUCCAUAUUUCUUCUCAGUUCUCGUCCAACACCUAGAACUAGCACUGCAGUAGAAGUAAGUGAUGCUACUACUGUCCCAAUCCAGAAUUCUCCACAAAGAAAUUCAUGCUUGGAAAAGGCUAAAAAUACAUGCUCAAGUCAGCAGGAUAUGGAGUCAACACUGAAAGAGCUCAUUUACACUGAAUCUGAUCUUAUCAUAACACCAAUCAUUGACAAUCCAAAGAUAAUGAAGCAAGUACCAGUUAGAUUUGACUUGAAAACUUCACAUAUACCAAUGUAUUCAGCUGAGAAGUUAUCAUCUAUGAAGGAUGUGGACUGGAAUGACUUCUUGCAACGAGUAUGUUUAAUGCUUGGUUCUCCCGAGAAGAAUACAGGAGCAGCACGUUCUAAGUUGAACUUCCUGUGCUAUCUGUGUACUGUGGCUGUCCACAAGGAGAUUGCAAACAGGCUUAUGAACUCUCAGCUGUUUCCUAUAUUGAUACAGCAGCUGCGUGCAGCCGCCAACUGGGAUAUACGUGUCAAAGUUGCUCGACUGAUCGGUUUACUGGCAUUACACACAUCGGAACUUGGUGAAAAUGUACCUGUUUCUGAGGCAAUUACACUUUUAACUGAACUCAUCAGAGAGAACUUCAGAAAUAGCAAGUUGAAACAAUGCCUUCUACCAACACUUGGGGAGCUUCUUUACCUCAUAGCCAAUGAGGAGGAAAAGAGGGAGCACCCCAGAGGAUGUUGGGUUGUUCCCUCAGCUGCUUAUACUGUGCUAAUGAGGUGUCUUCGGGAAGGGGAAGAUCGGGUCGUGAACCAUUUGGCAGCAAAGAUAAUUGAAAACGUUUGCACUACUCUCUCUUGCCAUGCACAAGGAUUUAUUACAGGAGAAGUUGGACCUAUCUUGUGGUACCUUUUCACACAUUCUACAGUAGAUUCUUUGAAGAUAACUGCUAUUUCGGCUUUAUGCAGAAUUACUCGUCGCUCACCUAAUGCUUUCCAGAGUGUCAUUGAAAAAGUGGGAUUACCAGCUGUACUAAAUUCCUUGGCAAAUGGAAUAUCCAAAAUUCAGCAGUACAUGCUCACCAUGUUUUUGGCAAUGCUGUCAUGUGGGAUUCACCUACAGAGGCUGGUUCAAGAAAAGGAUUUUGUGACUACAAUUACUCGUUUGCUUGAAAGUCCUUCAACCUUUAUUCGAGCAAAAGCCUUUCUGGUCCUGCUACAAGUUCUAGUUAAUAACAGAGAGACAUUGCUACUCACUUGUCAAGCAAGACUCGUGAUGUAUAUUGAAAGAGACAGCAGAAAGACCACACCAGGAAAAGAGCAGCAAGGCAGCAGUGAAUACCUGUCAAAAUGCCUGGAUCUUCUCAUAUGUCACAUUGUGCAGGAGCUGCCAGGAAUUCUAGGUGACAUUCUCAGUGCCUUAACGAAUGUCUCUGGACGGAAACACCCAUCAACAGUUCAGGCCAAACAGCUGAAGAUGUGCCUUCCUAUGAUGCCUGUAGUGCUGCAUCUUGUGACAUCCCAGAUAUUUCGUCACCAGAUAGUCACAGAGGAGUUUCUUUUCGACUAUGGGACCUUACUUAAUUUGAUCAGAUCGAUAGAUUCAGGAGAAACAAACUUGGAUGGAGCAAUAGGACAAGCUGCAUCAGAAGAAUUCAUUAAAACUACUUUAUCCACCUUGGAAGCAGUAACGCAGCAUCCUGUCUUGUUGACAGCCCAUCGCUUGACUGUUGAAGACUGUAUCCUUCCACCACUAGUUUCUCUGGUCCACAGUCAGAAUGUGGAAUGGAGACUCUUCAGCUUGCGGUUGCUCGCAGAAACCACAUCACUGCUUUUAAACGACGAGGUCAUGGCUGAGGAGAAAGGGGAGAGCCUUGACUCCAACAGCAAGCUUCUGUCUCUCAUUAGAGAUUCAUUGCUGCCUCAGUAUCAGUACAUUUUGAUGGCUCCAGACCCAGUACCAAUGUAUGCUCUGAAACUCUUGGUGGCCCUGACUGAGCACAGACCAGCUUUUGUGAGACUUGUGGAAGAAGUCCAACUUUUUCCAGUUCUUUUCCAAGUCAUAUUGGAACACCAAGACGGUAUCCUUGGGAAUACAAUGCAAACUGUAAUUGCCUUAUUGAAUACCGUGGUUGCUAACAAAAACACAAACAUGAUGUUACUCUUUGAAGAAGGACUGGUUCAUCAUAUCUGUAGUCUCCUAACAGAAACUGUGGCUCUGUACUUGGAGGCAGAUGAUAAAAGCAGCACCAAGACAGUGAAUGCACCGCUUCUGUCCUUGCUUGACAUUUUGCACUGCAUGCUGAUGUAUACAGCCAACAUUGUGCGCCAGACUUUACAGGCACAGAAAUCUGGCACAGGAGGGGACACACAGGCUGCUGAAGAGCUUCUGCUUAUCAAUAAACCCCUGACGGACCUAAUUAGCCUGCUUAUUCAACUGCUUCCCAGUGAAGAUACUGAAAUAUUUGGGAGCGCCUCACAGUGCUUAUCACUGCUGGUUCAGCUCUAUGGAGGGAACGGUCAGGAGAGCAUGUCUCCGGAAAACAUGGACAGCCUUGCUGAAGUACUGAAGUCCAGAAAAGAUACACAACAACUGAAGCUUUUGUUGAGAAUUGUGAAGAGACUGAUAACUUCAAACGCGAAGCGCUCGGAGAGCCUGAAGAAUGAUGGUGAUGCUCUUCUCCAGACCCUGGAGAGCCUGGCCCGCACUGCCAGCUCUCACGCUGAUGUUGCUGUGGCUUCCUUGGCAUCUGAAAUUCUGAGGAUGGUGGGACAUGAGAGUAUCAAGAGCACCAAGUGACGCGGUUGUGCCUGAAACGCACAAGCUGCGUGUGAUGCUGAGCACCUCGGUCCUGCAGGUGCACCCCCAGAUGAGCAGAGCAGCCCCAAGUAACGC